AUGUAAAGCUGUUGACCCAUUUGGCUCUAUACGAUUUAUUUCAUCGGGCGUCAUUGUCUCCAACGCAAUAUGAGCUCCAUUAAAGUCAUUGUUUCGACAUGCUAAGUAAAAUUCACUACUAACAGAUGUUAAAUUUGAUACCAUUCCUAGGUGAAAACUAUAUUAACUCUAUAUUUUAAAUUUUUAAAUUGUGAAAGAAUAAGCGAAACAAAACGAAACAAAAAUAUUUUUCUCUGAACACGAAUCAGGUUUAUUGGUGAAGCAAAUAUAGAAUGGAGAAAAGUUGAUCAGAAUAUUCUGAAAGAGAUAGCGGAAAAACGCAAAGAAUUUAAUGUUGAAUGGAAAAAUCCGAACAUUGAUUACUAUGUGAACGCGAUACGCCGCGAUUAUUUAGACAAUAGUCUGCGAAAUAUCAAAAGUAUCGAUGUGAUUCGGUGGUUUUUCUCCAAAGCAGCAAAAGAACAAGACCCCACGUACUUAGUCAAAGCCUACACGGUCGAAGCAGAUUAUUACAAAGUGUUAAAUCAACAAUUAUCCACAACACACGAAAGUGAUAGACAUGAUUUUGCCACUGAUGGACGGAGAAGACUUUUACAAAUUCUCACUUCUCAUCCAUCUCUUGAACGUUAUACCUUCAGUGGCCAUACUUAUCGUAGUAUGUAUGUUACAGAAGAUGAGCUCAAGGAUUAUUACGUUGGUACUCGUUUCAUGAAUAAAACAUUUUUAUCAACAUCUAAAGAUCGUCAAAUUGCUGAAAUAUUCUCUAUCUCAAGCAAAAAAUCAGAUCAAAAAUUGUCUGCAUUAUGCAUAUAUGCAUUUAAAAAUCAUCGUUUUGUUCUAGACAGUGAGUUAAUAUCAGAAUAUCCUAACGAAAAAGAAGUGAUCGUGUGUCCACUUUGUGUAUUUGAGGUUACGAGCAUAAAACGUAAUAUGCUCAGUAGUAUAAGCCAUAUUGAAAUUGAACUUCAACAUUGUACAUCGAAAUGUCCGAUUCAGUAA